UAGUUAUAUUCCAUCAGACUAUCCCAUUAUCACAUAUGAGAUAGGAUAUCAUAUCUUAGAGUCUGGUAACUGUUCAAUGGCAGAUGAUGAUGACAUUGAUAAUCAAAGACUACAUUUCUUUAAUUCAACUAAUGGCAAUACAUUUACUAGUAGAAUUACUGAUCUUGAUGCUAUGUCUUGUUAUUUUUUUGGUGUACGUGCAUAUUCUGAUAGAGGAUCUGGUGGGUGGGUCUUUAUUGCUAAUGAGACGCUGGAACUGCAACCAUCACCUACAAUAACAGCAACAGUUAAUAACCCUACAGAUGUAGAAUCAAGUAUUGCAGCAGUUGCUGGAGGAGCUGUUGGAGGAGUUGUACUUGCCAUUAUCAUUUUAUUUAUUAUAGUAUUAGUUGUAUGUUUAAUGAGGAGAAGGUCUAUAGCUAAAGAGAAGAAAGCAAGAGCUGCAGCUGCCAUUGAUGAUGAUUGUGGUCAGUUUCGUAUGAAAGACAAGAAACUAUCAUCAACAUCAUCAGUACAACAUAACACAGCACAACAAACUAAAUACGAUGAACCUCAAUACAGUACAGUACCAGAAGUAACCUAUCAGAAUACCACAAAAAGUAUUCUCAACACUAAUAAUGAUGAUAAUAAAGAGUCAGAAUCAAUCAAAGUUACUGUUACUGAAGUAUCACCUCCAACUAGUCCUAAUUCUGUUUAUACUAAGAUACUGCCACCAACAGAACCUGAAUCACAUUAUGAUGUCCCUACCUCUGGUCCUACUAUUGCUCCAUAUAUUCCAGUCACUCUACCUAUAGCACUGGAAGAUCUGGGCACUCAUGUAGCAAACUGCCAUACUGAUAAUAACACUCUGUUUGGAGAGCAAUAUAAAGCAAUAUAUAAUGGUGAAGAUAAGUCAACUGUAAUUGGUUUCAGUCAAGAGAACAAAGUUUAUAAUCGUUUCAGAAACAUAACUCCAUAUGAUGAUAACAGGAUUGUACUGACCCCAUGGCCACAGCUAGACAAAUGUCAAACAACUUACACCAAUGCAAGCUAUAUUGAUGGUUAUAGUAACAGGACAAAGUUCAUAGCAUCACAAGGUCCAAUGAAAAGGACAUUAGUUGAUUUCUGGCGCCUUAUCUGGCAGGAGAAGCCAGUGUCUAUUGUAAUGGUAACCAACCUGAAGGAAGGAACUAAGAGCAAGUGUGAGCAGUACUGGCCUAAUAGCACUGGUGAUAAUGAUCAUUUUGGACCAUUCACUGUCACACUAAUAAAUGAACAGGUUUAUCCUGACUUUGUUAUCCGCCAACUUAAUGUUAAAAUAUACAAUGGAUCCAAUGAUAGUCAUACACUGACUCAGUAUCAUUUAACCUCAUGGCCUGAUCAUGGAGUACCUGAUUAUGCUACACCAUUGAUGUCUCUUCACAAACAAGUCAUGGCUACUUGGUCUCCCUCUAAAGGUCCCAUCCUGGUCCACUGUAGUGCUGGUGUAGGUCGUACUGGUACAUUUAUUGCUAUAGACAUAGCUCUGGAACAAGCUAAGAGAGAGGGAGUAGUAGAUAUUGGUGGUAUUGUUAAUAGGCUCAGACAACAGAGAAUGAAGAUGGUUCAGACACUAGAUCAGUAUGUGUUUCUUCAUGAUGCUGUACUGGAGACAGUGAUGUGUGGAGAUACAGAAAUACCAAGCAAUGAAUAUGAAAUGAAACUUCGGGAGUUAAAGGAGAUUGAUUCAUCAACUGGUUGUUCUGGUCUACAGUCUCAGUUUGAGCUACUCUCUCAAGUGACUCCUGAUCCUGAUGAUGUUUUUUGUGAUUCUGCUAAAGCACAUUCAGACAAAAAUCGAUCCACCAGUUACUUACCACAAGAAAACUUUCUUGUAACACUUAAAGAAAACAAUGGAUACAUCAAUGCAUCAUACCUAUCAGGUUAUCGUGAGAAGAAAGCAUUCAUUAUAGCUCAGAGUCCUAUGGAGAACACUGCCAGAGACUUCUGGAAGAUGAUAGUGGACUACAAAGUGUCUGCUAUUGUCAUGCUCUGUGGACUGGAAGAGGAUGGAGAAGAGUCAUGCUAUCAGUAUUGGAGAGAUUCUGACGUGGUUCAGUUUGGAGAAUAUUUCAUCAAAGUUGAAUUUAGCAAGGAAUGCAAUGGAUAUAUUGAACGAAAGUUUCAUAUUCGUUCAGACAAAGAUGAGAGCUCAUGGGAUGUGAUACAAUUACAAGUGACAGAUUGGCCUCAAGAUGGAGUUGUUAGGGAACCACGUACUGUCCUACAAGUUAUUGAUGAUGUUAUACACAGACAACAAAAGAUUGGAGGAGGACCAGUAGUGGUACACUGUAGUGAUACAGUGAGUCGUUCAGGAGUGUAUUGUUCAGUGAGUAUUGGUCUAGAACAGUGUAAGGCAGAAGGUGUAGUGGAUGUGUUUCAAGUGACUAAAGCUGUGAGAAGGAGUAAACCAGGAGCUGUGACUACACUGGAGCAGUAUACUUCCAUAUAUGAUGUGAUUGACAAGUUCCUUGCUAUUAACAGUACCUAUGCUAACUUUAAGUGAUUUAAUAGUUUUGCCAUUGCUAUUUUUAUUUAUACUGGCUAUAUUUCUUUAUUUCCCAUCAUAGUU